AUGCUCGCCCCACUCCUGCUAUCGUUGCUGCUUGCCGCAUCUUCAGUUUUGUCAACAUAUGUGCCUCAGUCAGAAACUUGCCCUACGACGUCUCUAGUGAGACCUGCCAACGGCCUUUCUGACGACGAAGAAACGUAUAGAGUGGCGAGAAAAGUAAUCGCUGAUGAGUCCUUGAAAGCUUGGUUGACGAAGACUAAUUCAGGUUUUGGGACUGCCGAACUCCCAGCCGUAGCUUUGACGACUUCAGGAGGCGGCUACAGAAGCUUGCUUUCUGGAGCUGGUGUGAUUCAAGGGCUUGACAGCCGAGACAGUGAUGUAAGCACGUCUGGCCUCUAUCAAGCCCUUACAUACCAAGCUGGGCUGUCCGGAGGAUCUUGGCUACUGUCUUCCAUGGCUGGCAACAAUUACCCUACCAUCACGUAUCUCAAGGAGAUCCUCUGGAAGCAAGCUUUCCAAGACAGCCUGCUUGAUCCUGCGUUCCUUCUGGUUGCCAUCGCUUAUGCUGAAAUUAUCGCCGACGUCUUUGGCAAGGAGGCUGCUGGAUAUCGCACCACACUCACCGAUCCCUGGGGACGUUUGCUAAGUUAUCAGCUUCUGUUGGGCCCGUACGGCGGAGUCUCAACGACGUUGUCGUCAGUCAGUAGCCUUUCGAGCUUUACCUCAUACUCCGUUCCUUUUCUGGUCAUCACCUCGCUUGGAUCGAAAGUCUGGCUUGGUGACUGCAUUCCAGGCCCAAAUGCCACAACCUACGAGUUCACACCUUAUGAAUUCGGUUCUUGGGAUAGUGAUGUCAGCGCCUUCACGCCGACCAAAUACUUAGGAACCCCAAUGAGUGGCGGAAGAGCAACGGGAAAAUGCACAACGAAUUAUGAUAACCUUGGCUAUAUCCUGGGAACUUCCAGUAAUCUCUUCAACAACGUCUGCUUCGACGUUCCAGUGGCCGAAAAUUCCAGCACCAAUUUGGACACAACCCUUGCUCAAAUCAUCAAUGAUGUACAUGAGCUCACUACCGAAGAUCUGUACGCCACAUACAAGAACCCUUUCUACAACUAUAUCUCCUCGACAGCUACGCCCAAUAUCGCCAACAAUAUCUCAGCACAGGAGAAUCUUAGCCUCGUGGAUGGCGGCGAAGCUCUGCAGAACAACCCUAUCUUUCCUUUGCUCCAGCCUGCGCGCAACGUCUCAGUCAUUCUCGUCAAUGACAAUUCCAAUGAUGCUGGCGGUUGGCCCAACGGGACCGAGAUUUUGACCACGUACGUUCAGUCAUUCAAUCAUGGUCUUACGCGGAUGCCGUUCAUUCCUUCCGUCGAGACAUUCAUAUCCCAAGGAUUGAAUAAGAGAGCAACUUUUUUUGGUUGUAACGCUACCGAUAAGAUUAUGAUCGUUUAUCUUCCGAACAGCGAAUAUACGUUUGCUUCGAACACCUCAACUUAUCAGCUCGAGUAUUCAGAGACAGAGACGGACGAGAUGCUUGCCAAUGGUGUGGGGAUCGCAACUCAAGGAGGAGAUUCUGCUUGGGGGACAUGCUUGGGAUGUGCGAUUAUGAUGAAGGCAGGACAGCCGCUGCCGAGGGACUGCACAGCUUGCUUUGCCAAAUAUUGUUACUAUGAUUGA